AUGGAAGCCUCAGCACCAGAGUCGCGUCUGCGUUACCCUCACCUGCCUGCUGAUUUGCAGGGGUUGCCGUCUACGAUGGCCUCUGCCUCAGUGGCGGGUUUGUUGUCUCGCGCGUUCAUGCACCCACUAGACACCGCCAAGGCUGUCAUUCAGGUGCAGACAACGCCAGCCCCACACACACUACAGACACUGCUAAGAGGCUCGAGGACCCUAAAGACGCUACGUUCUCUGUGGCAAGCGGAGGGCCUCGGGGGCCUCUACAGAGGAUUCGGUAUCACUGCUGCACUAGCAGUGCCGGCGACUUGUCUAUAUUUCAGCACCUACGAAGCCCUCAAGGCACGGCUACUGCGCGUCUCGCCCUGCCCCGAAGAGCAGCAGCAGCAGGCAGCAGCAGACAACAGCUUCAUCAGGGCGUUGCUGUUGGAUUCUGUCUGCGGCUUUGCUGCAGAGGCCGUCGCCUGCCUUCUCUACCUCCCCAUGGACGUAUGCAAGGAGCGUCUGCAGGUAUAUUCAGCAAUGCAGCCGGAGUUAGCUAAAAAGCAACGGCCUUCCUUCUCCGAUGUCGCGCUAACAGGGGGCCUACGCGGCCUGUACAGAGGCUACGGGGCUACUUUGCUAUCUUUUGGUCCCUUCAGCGCCAUCUUCUUCACCCUCAAUCACCAAUUCGGCAGAGUAGCGAACAGCCUGCUGCUGCCGCCAGAGGCUGUGGAGGCCUCUUCGCUCUCAUCUUCUUCUUCUGCUGCUCCUCCCAGCAGCCCUCUCGUGGCGGCGUCUGUAGCCGGGGCGGCUGCCGGCUGUGCGGCCUUUCUGACUGCGCCUCUCGACAAGGUGAAACUCAGGCUGAAGGACUGGCGGGGUGCUUCGCAGGCGUUGGUGCGAGGACCAUGUUUCACUCGGCGUCUCUCUCCAUGA